UAUUCUUUGAUUAGAGUUACAUACUCUUUGUAACAGACCAACAAUAACAUUAAAAUAACUCCAGAUUUGUUUAAUACAGUGAAAAAUAAAGCUGUGCAACUCGUGCAAAUUAUUAGACACACUUUGCAACAAAAGUUAAAUUUAAGAAAGCAAAAGCAGUCAAUACUUGUGAUAUACAAAAAGUUUGGUUCACUUUACUGUUAUUUCAAGACAGAAAAAUGAACAUAGUGUACAAAAAUAUUAAUCAAGUUCAGACACCAUUGAUACUGUUGGGCAAUCCAUUAAUUGACAGUGAGAAUGUAAUAAUAUGCAUAACUGGAAAUCCUGGGAUAUCUGAGUUUUAUAUAGAUUUUGCUUCAGAACUGUAUAGAUGUACAUCUAUACCUGUUUGUGUUAUUGGUCAUGCAGGUCACGAAGAAAGCCUAGACAAAAAUAACAAAUAUUUAUUUAAUCUAAAUGAUCAACUGGAACAUAAAUUAGAUUUUAUUGAAAAUCAUAUUGAUAAAAAUAGUAAAAUACAUCUUAUUGGCCAUUCCAUUGGUGCCUGGAUGAUUCUAGAACUAUUACAGAAGCACAAUCAGUUAAAUGAGAGAAUUUCCUCUGUAAAUUUAUUGUUUCCUACUAUACAAAAAAUGGCAGAAUCAAGAAAUGGAAAAUUUGUAAAUAAUGUGCUAAGGAAAAUAUACAAGUUUAUAUUAUUUUUAGGUACAUUAUUGUUUUUACUACCCAAGCAUGUGUUGCAUUGUCUUAUAGGUUUGUACUUAUGGGUAAAAUCUUUACCUCCGAAAUUCAAUUCUGCAAUUAUGAAAAUAUUAAAUCCUGAUGUAGCAGCAAACAUCUUCUACUUGGCAUUUAAUGAAAUGGAUACAGUAAAAUCUUUGAAUACUGACAGCAUACAAAAUGUUAAACAUAUAACAAACGUUGUAUAUGCUAGUAAUGAUGGCUGGACACCACUUGAAUAUAUGGAGCAUCUCAAACAAUUCACACCACAUCUACAGAUGAUAGAACUUCAUAAUGUAGAACAUGCUUUUGUUUUAAAAUCAUCUGAGCAAGUAGCAGGUAUAGUAGCAGAUUUUAUUAUUACAAAAACAAGUGUCUGUAAUCUUUAGACAUACCAGAUAAUUAUUUAGACUAAUAAUAACAGAUAUUAAUCACAUUGUUAGUGAUAUUAGUUAUCAUUGGGUAUUAAUACUAGAUAAACCAGCUUCAUGAGGGUAAGUUAGAAUUUAGCAUUGGCAGUCUUACAAAGCCAAAGGUUUUAUGAAUUUAAUAAUAAUAAUUGAAGUAAUUAAUAAAGGACUCUCCAAAUUAAAAACUGUUAGAUAUGUGCACUUAAAUUUAUUAAAACCAUAUAAGUAAUUUAUAUUUCUUAUAUUUUAUACAUUGUUGGAAUUGUGUUAUUACAUUGUCAAUAUUAGAGGCCUACAAACAAUAAUUAAGUCUAUCAUCUAAUGUGCAUGAAGAUGAGCUAGGCUUGCAGAUUAGUCUUAUAUAAUGAACUUGUCAUGCAGAUCAGACAGAUUUGAACAUGUUGUCUGGGGGCCCCUAAUACAUAUCCAUUUGCGAAAAGAGCACCCUUACAUAACUACACCACAUGCAUUUACAUACAGCUGCAAUUAACACAGAUGGCAUGAAUGAUUUUGGUAUAAUAUCUAUAACAUUUGUAUACAAAUUAUAAUGGAUUAACAUUUCAACACUUUUAAGUCAUUUGUUAAUAAUUCAUAAAAAUUGAAAAUAAGUAAGUACCAAAUUAUUAUAAAGGACAAAAUGAGUAUCUCAAGCGAACAAUGGCACUUAUUUAGGAAUAGUAGCAACUGGAGGAUAUGAACAGCAUUACCAAGCUGAAUAAAAAUUACAAUUCAUUAUAUCAAAGUCGUCAGAACAGGUAGGUACAUUUCAAAAUAUUGUUGAUAAUGUUUAUUUAUAUUUUAAUGUAUUGUAAGACCACAUAAUAUUGUAUAUUAAUAAUUAAUAAUAAAUAUAUCUAGAGCAGUUUUAAAACUAAAUUGUAAUAUUAUGUACCUAUUUGCUUUAAAAUUAUACAGAAACGUCAUGAUCCAGUGGAGGGGUAGUAGGGCAAAUAUUAUCAAACGACACCUAAGAACAUUUGUUUUAAUUUUAGUGAUUAUAACCAUUAUUUCAAUUUAGGAUGUCAGCAGUCUAGAAUUAAAAAAAUGGCAAUAUGCGUUAAUUUUUUUUUAAAUUAAUUUUCAAACAAACAUUGCAUAUAGAAAACAAAUCAAUUACCUUUCUUACAAUCCCUCAACGGCAUCGUGACGUGUUCCCGGUCAUCCUAUGUAUAUACUAUACAUCUAUAUUUGUUCACAAAACAAUAAAAUAUCUAUAUUGUCCCCAUGGUUAGCUAAUGUCCGGCAUACGUGGCGCGCCAUCUAUUUACGGUGAUGGUACUAUGCCAGAAAUCUUCACAAAAGUGUCAACAACUACAAAGUUUAAACUUGAAUCAGAUAGACGCGUAGGUAACGGUCGAAAACAAAAACAUUAAUUUUUAUACCUAAUAUUAUGUAUGAAAUGCGUACAUGAAGCGUUUAUCAGUUACAACUUACAAGUCACAUGAGGCGACCACGUGGCUUUUGCAUGAGCAUUUCUAAAAUUUAUACAAGGCAUAUGUAUAAAUUUAUUUAACAGAGAGAGCCAGCACGUGCCAGACUUACGUUAUACAAGCUGAAAGUGUUGUUGUCCCCAGCACAGGGAGGAACGAGUAGCGACUAUGAAGUUUGGGAGAUAACAGGUGUAUAAAAUCUUACGUCAAACUAUUUCUUCUAUAAUAUGGUUUUUUUUUUCUUUUUACUUUGACGUAAAAUUUUUGCCCUUAAAAAGUGAACUACCGUCAAUCAUUUUACGUCGUCAUAAUUCAACGACACUCGUAUACAUCUUUGAGUAUUUCUUAUAAAGACCAAAAUAUUUAUUUGCUUCAUUACGAUUGACAAUAGUUUAAAGUCAGAAUCUAAGGCUGGUUUUACAGUGACGCUUACCGUCCGCGCGGGUGGUAAGCGCGGUGGCCGAAUUGCUGUCAGCGCGGGCCAUCCGCGCGACUAUGUGAUAAUCCAAGAGACGCAAAGCUCGUGGCCCGCGACGCUUACCAACCGCGCUGGCGAAAGCGUCACUGUAAAACCACACUAAUGAAGGUGGACAUCCCGACUCAUGCUAGAAAAUAGAAAUCCUUCAGGAUUUAAGGACUUCUAGUCCAUUGUUUGAUUAAACUGUCGAAUAUUGGACUGUUAUUUAGUACUAUAAUAUUAUUCAGUCGUAACCUUUCAAAUGUUUGUUCAAAACCAUUGUGCAAGAGUGAAAGUUAUGCAUUUGAAAGCGUGUGAUGAGUAAUAAAUUAGGUACUUAUACUGAUUACUAACAAAAUUAAUCAUAGCCUCGGUGCGACAAUAAAACAAUUGGUUCAGAUAAAAAAGAGAUCUAAACGAGUGGAGCGGUAUGUCUGCGCCUAGUACUGACCUUCGUCCUUCACUGAACGGGACACUAUAGGACGACUGAGUACCUAAUCUAAUAAAUUUAAUAAUAAUAUUACUAGUGAGAUUGUAAUAUCACGGCUUUGAUUACUAUAUCUGUGACAAAUAUAAAUAUGGAGACUAGCUUUUACCAGCGAAUUCGUCCGCGUGGACUAAAAUUUCAAAAGGAGUAAAAUCUUUUUCUGUCUACAUCAUAUAGUUAUCUACAUGUCAAAUUUCAGCCUGAUUCGUCCAGUAGUUUGAGCUGAGCAUUGACAGAUUAGUCCGUCAGCUUUUCCUUUAUAUAUACAGAUAUAGAUAACAAGCCUAAAGAUUAGCUGCUGAUCUUUUUGCCAGUUCUUCUCAAUAGAAUCUGCUUUCUGAACUGGUCUUCACGAGCGUCAUAGCGUAAGUGGUACAAGAACAAGUUCUACAUAAAAUCAAUUUUAUGUAGAACAAAAAAGAAAUUUGAAUCAAUCGCGUUACACACAGAGACACCUCUUCCUUCGAGCCUAUCUACAUAUAUUUUGGUAUAGAUAGAUAAUUCAACCAAUGCGUAACUUCAAGGUUAGAGCUCUUUUUUAGUGACACCAACUGUAAUAUAAUUAUUAUUUUUCUUUUCUCGUGAAAUGAGAAUUAAUUCAAUAAUCACUAUCUAAUCCGAUAUCUAGUAUCUGUAAAUGAUUUUUGUUUUGUACAUGCCGUAAGUACAUAAUUUUAUAUAACAGCCUAACCACCACAAAAAAUUAAAAAAUACGUCGAAAUGAAUAAUAAUAAUAAUUUGAAGAAGUAUGAUCUCAUAAAUUUUAUCUGAAUCCCGCAUAAAUCUUAAAUAAACCGUUGACUAAAAUAAUAAUAAUUAUAGAACAUUAGCACAGAUCUUAGUACAUUUAAAUUUAUGUAGUACUCUAAACAUAACUCUAAAUAAUUGGUCAUCUAUUCACAUAAUAAUAUUGAAAUAAUAUGUAUGUUAAUGAAAAUCGUUAUAUAACCCAAUUUCAUCUUUGUCGAAUAUUUAAAAUUAAGCCCCUAAAACAAUAUAAAAUAAAAUUCAGAAAUAUGUAUUAGAAAACGUAGAUAAAUCUCGGUCGAGUUACCUUGGCACCUGGCGCUGAUGACGUCAAAUGCGCUGGCGCCAAGCUCGCAAGGCGCGUGCGCGGAAGCUGCAGGGUGAUUGGCUAACUCAGUAUUCUACACUGGUUGGUUCUACAUUGCUGCUUCACCUGAGAGGCACUUGCACUAAAAUAACUUUUCAUAGAAAACCUUCGAUUGAUUAAAAGUAAAAAUGAGCUCAGUGGCUAGCAUUCAUUAGCCACUGAAUUAGCGAAUCACCCUGCAUGCUGGGCCACAUUUCAAUGAGGUAUAUCAUGUUAACUCAACCGGGUAGCUUAUAAGCUAUCUAUAUUAAAAAAUCUAGUUUUAGCCUUAUGGUUGGUUAGGUUUAAUUUCCUGAAUGUCCAGUGUGUCUAACAGAAUGUCCAAUCCACGAAUAACUAUUUCCCUCAAUACCCGAUUCGCUUAAAACGUUUCCUAACUACCAAAUUAUACUAUGGAAUGAAUUGGACAUUCGGGAAAUUGAACCAACAGGCAGACUAGACAUUCCGAGAUUGGAAUUUGAUAUAUUGGAAAUUCAGGAAACUGGACCUAACAAACUACAAAUUCAUAAUUAUUAUAAUAAUGGGUCCAACUAACGCUAAAUCGAGACUUGAAAUUAAAUAAGAAAAUAAUUUCAAAAUGUUGCCUCAUAUAAAAUAAUGUUCAUUAGCUAAUUGGAAGAACACAACUCAAUUUAUUGAAAAUAAAGCUAAAUUAUAAUUAUUUUUGAUACACUAUAAUAAUGCGAAUUUCAACUUGCUAAUUUUAAAACAUGGACAAUAUUACGGCGUUAACCGUUUGAGUGACCAACCAAUCACAAACGAGGCUGUUUUCCGUACUACUCUAUCUACGGAAACAAAAGCAGGCUUGUUUGUGAUUGGUUAGUCACUCAAAAUGGUUAACACCCACUGGCCUUUCUUGUCUUUGUCAUUUGUAUGGGAUUACGUAACAGACAGAGCCCUAUAUUAACUUCUCUCUGUGGAUAUAGUAAAGUGAUGAGUUAAUUUGUCAUAAAAUAAUAUUCAUUUAAGUACAUUUCAAUAAUUUAUGAAUUCAUAAAUAUAUUAAAACUGUUAUGUACCCUAAAUGUAGUAUUGUUACUCAAUAUACACUUUACGAUUUUAGAUUCAAGUGGAUUUAUCAUAACAAGUGCAUUUAUUUCAAUCACAAUUUUUAAGGAUUACUUUAAGUAUAAGAUUUAGGAAUAAUAUUAUAAAAAAAAAGAUUUCAUGUAGUAUGUACCUUUUCAGGCAUAUGCUGGUAUUUCAUACCAGGUAUAUGAUGGUAGUUUAGAUAUAGAUAUCAUAAAUCUUUCAUUGUACCCCUAUUUAAGGAAUAUUAAUUUCAUUUUAUUGCUUUACCUGCUAUAUUGUCAUAUAGGACAUAGGUAUAUCAUAACAUCGCUUUACAAACAAAACAUGGUGAGCCUUGAGGUCAACAUUUUAAUGAAAAUUUCUGUUCAUUUAAAGUUAGCUGAAAUAUUUCAAAUUCACAUAAAACACGUAAGUCCACAUAAAAUAUUUUUUGAAAAAUAAUUUCACAUGGUUCUGACAUUUUUUACUAGAGCGAGUUGUAUUAAAUAAAGGCAAUACUAAAAAAAUAUUUCUCCAGUGCCAUUGUCAUAUU